AUGCAGCUGUUCAGGGUGCUGCGUCUCCUCUGGAUGCUCAGGGCCUUCCUGGGGUCCACAGUGCUCAAAUCACCCAUCAGUUCCAGCCCCCCAACAAGCCCCACAUCCAAGUUUGUCUUCAAGGUUGAAACCAGCCCCCCUACCAUGAUCGUCUAUAUGGGCUCGACAGAGUGCGUCAAUCCGACGAGCCUCAUAAUCACCACCACUUACCCCACCACCACCUGCGUGAGCCAGACCCAGGCAACCUCGGCCAGCACGCCGGCCGCCACCUCCAUCUUCACCACUCCCCGCAGCACGGCGACUCCCUUCGGCUCCAGCACCAUCCCCGCCACAUCGCUAGGCGCCUCCUCCCCGGCCUCCGGCAGUACCAGGACCAGUACCACUCCGGCCGAGGCGGCCAGCCCACCUGCCCCGAGCACCAGUGGGCCGCCCCCGCACCCCACCACCACGGCGACUCCUCCCAGUGACGCCUCUAGGCAGCCUGUCGCCACGGAGGUGCCCUCUCCGCCGUCCGUCACAUCCUCCGCCACGCCCAGCAGCACACUCUAUGCUCCCGCGUCCACCACCUCCACUCCCGUGGCCACCAAUAGCCCAACCUCGUCCAUGGGGGUCGCCACUCCCAGGGACACCGCAGCCCCGGCCACCUCCCUCACGGCCACUCUGGCCUCUGCCGCCGCGGCACACACCACCGGGGCGGCUAGCACCCUCCGGGUGACCACACCCACGCCCACAGCACCGCCCAGCGCUCCGGUCCUCACCUCUUCCACCAUCUACUCCAGCGGGAGCACCCUCACUUCCGCCUUCACCUCACCCCUCCCGGCCUCCGCCACGCUGCACACAUCCACGACUCUCCCUCCCUCCUCGGCAACCUCGGCCAGCACGCCGGCCGCCACCUCCAUCUUCACCACUCCCCGCAGCACGGCGACUCCCUUCGGCUCCAGCACCAUCCCCGCCACAUCGCUAGGCGCCUCCUCCCCGGCCUCCGGCAGUACCAGGGCCAGUACCACUCCGGCCGAGGCGGCCAGCCCACCUGCCCCGAGCACCAGUGGGCCGCCCCCGCACCCCACCACCACGGCGACUCCUCCCAGUGACGCCUCUAGCCAGCCUGUCGCCACGGAGGUGCCCUCUCCGCCGUCCGUCACAUCCUCCGCCACGCCCAGCAGCACACUCUAUGCUCCCGCGUCCACCACCUCCACUCCCGUGGCCACCAAUAGCCCGACCUCGUCCACGGGGGUCGCCACUCCCAGGGACACCGCAGCCCCGGCCACCUCCCUCACGGCCACUCUGGCCUCUGCCGCCGCGGCACACACCACCGGGGCGGCUAGCACCCUCCGGGUGACCACACCCACGCCCACAGCACCGCCCAGCGCUCCGGUCCUCACCUCUUCCACCAUCUACUCCAGCGGGAGCACCCUCACUUCCGCCUUCACCUCACCCCUCCCGGCCUCCGCCACGGCAACCUCGGCCAGCACGCCGGCCGCCACCUCCAUCUUCACCACUCCCCGCAGCACGGCGACUCCCUUCGGCUCCAGCACCAUCCCCGCCACAUCGCUAGGCGCCUCCUCCCCGGCCUCCGGCAGUACCAGGGCCAGUACCACUCCGGCCGAGGCGGCCAGCCCACCUGCCCCGAGCACCAGUGGGCCGCCCCCGCACCCCACCACCACGGCGACUCCUCCCAGUGACGCCUCUAGCCAGCCUGUCGCCACGGAGGUGCCCUCUCCGCCGUCCGUCACAUCCUCCGCCACGCCCAGCAGCACACUCUAUGCUCCCGCGUCCACCACCUCCACUCCCGUGGCCACCAACAGCCCGACCUCGUCCACGGGGUCCGCCUCCACCCCGAACACCAGCCCUCUGCCCACCGACAUGACCACACUCCCCACCACCCACACCACGGCCGGCCCCUCGCCCCCCGCCAGCACGCCCACCGGGUCCAGCACGCAGGUCGCCACUCCCAGGGACACCGCAGCCCCGGCCACCUCCCUCACGGCCACUCUGGCCUCUGCCGCCGCGGCACACACCACCGGGGCGGCUAGCACCCUCCGGGUGACCACACCCACGCCCACAGCACCGCCCAGCGCUCCGGUCCUCACCUCUUCCACCAUCUACUCCAGCGGGAGCACCCUCACUUCCGCCUUCACCUCACCCCUCCCGGCCUCCGCCACGCUGCACACAUCCACGACUCUCCCUCCCUCCUCGGCAACCUCGGCCAGCACGCCGGCCACCACCUCCAUCUUCACCACUCCCCGCAGCACGGCGACUCCCUUCGGCUCCAGCACCAUCCCCGCCACAUCGCUAGGCGCCUCCUCCCCGGCCUCCGGCAGUACCACACCUGCCCCCAGCACAGAGCCCGCCUCCGCCUCCACCCCGAACACCAGCCCUCUGCCCACCGACAUGACCACACUCCCCACCACCCACACCACGGCCGGCCCCUCGCCCCCCGCCAGCACGCCCACCGGGUCCAGCACGCAGGUCGCCACUCCCAGGGACACCGCAGCCCCGGCCACCUCCCUCACGGCCACUCUGGCCUCUGCCGCCGCGGCACACACCACCGGGGCGGCUAGCACCCUCCGGGUGACCACACCCACGCCCACAGCACCGCCCAGCGCUCCGGUCCUCACCUCUUCCACCAUCUACUCCAGCGGGAGCACCCUCACUUCCGCCUUCACCUCACCCCUCCCGGCCUCCGCCACGCUGCACACAUCCACGACUCUCCCUCCCUCCUCGGCAACCUCGGCCAGCACGCCGGCCGCCACCUCCAUCUUCACCACUCGCCGCAGCACGGCGACUCCCUUCGGCUCCAGCACCAUCCCCGCCACAUCGCUAGGCGCCUCCUCCCCGGCCUCCGGCAGUACCAGGGCCAGUACCACUCCGGCCGAGGCGGCCAGCCCACCUGCCCCGAGCACCAGUGGGCCGCCCCCGCACCCCACCACCACGGCGACUCCUCCCAGUGACGCCUCUAGCCAGCCUGUCGCCACGGAGGUGCCCUCUCCGCCGUCCGUCACAUCCUCCGCCACGCCCAGCAGCACACUCUAUGCUCCCGCGUCCACCACCUCCACUCCCUUGGCAACCAACAGCCCUACCUCGUCCACGGGGGUGCCUCGCUCCCCUACACCUGCCCCCAGCACCGAGCCCGCCUCCGCCUCCACCCCGAACACCAGCCCUCUGCCCACCGACAUGGCAACCUCGGCCAGCACGCCGGCCGCCACCUCCAUCUUCACCACUCCCCGCAGCACGGCGACUCCCUUCAGCUCCAGCACCAUCCCCGCCACAUCGCUAGGCGCCUCCUCCCCGGCCUCCGGCAGUACCAGGGCCAGUACCACUCCGGGCGAGGCGGCCAGCCCACCUGCCCCGAGCACCAGUGGGCCGCCCCCGCACCCCACCACCACGGCGACUCCUCCCAGUGACGCCUCUAGCCAGCCUGUCGCCACGGAGGUGCCCUCUCCGCCGUCCGUCACAUCCUCCGCCACGCCCAGCAGCACACUCUAUGCUCCCGCGUCCACCACCUCCACUCCCGUGGCCACCAACAGCCCGACCUCGUCCACGGGGGCCUCCACCCCGAACACCAGCCCUCUGCCCACCGACAUGACCACGCUCCCCACCACCCACACCACGGCCGGCCCCUCGCCCCCCGCCAGCACGCCCACCGGGUCCAGCACGCAGGUCGCCACUCCCAGGGACACCGCAGCCCCGGCCACCUCCCUCACGGCCACUCUGGCCUCUGCCGCCGCGGCACACACCACCGGGGCGGCUAGCACCCUCCGGGUGACCACACCCACGCCCACAGCACCGCCCAGCGCUCCGGUCCUCACCUCUUCCACCAUCUACUCCAGCGGGAGCACCCUCACUUCCGCCUUCACCUCACCCCUCCCGGCCUCCGCCACGCUGCACACAUCCACGACUCUCCCUCCCUCCUCGGCAACCUUGGCCAGCACGCCGGCCGCCACCUCCAUCUUCACCACUCCCCGCAGCACGGCGACUCCCUUCGGCUCCAGCACCAUCCCCGCCACAUCGCUAGGCGCCUCCUCCCCGGCCUCCGGCAGUACCAGGGCCAGUACCACUCCGGCCGAGGCGGCCAGCCCACCUGCCCCGAGCACCAGUGGGCCGCCCCCGCACCCCACCACCACGGCGACUCCUCCCAGUGACGCCUCUAGCCAGCCUGUCGCCACGGAGGUGCCCUCUCCGCCGUCCGUCACAUCCUCCGCCACGCCCAGCAGCACACUCUAUGCUCCCGCGUCCACCACCUCCACUCCCGUGGCCACCAACAGCCCGACCUCGUCCACGGGGUCCGCCUCCACCCCGAACACCAGCCCUCUGCCCACCGACAUGACCACACUCCCCACCACCCACACCACAGCCGGCCCCUCGCCCCCCGCCAGCAAGCCCACCGGGUCCAGCACGCAGGUCGCCACUCCCAGGGACACCGCAGCCCCGGCCACCUCCCUCACGGCCACUCUGGCCUCUGCCGCCGCGGCACACACCACCGGGGCGGCUAGCACCCUCCGGGUGACCACACCCACGCCCACAGCACUGCCCAGCGCUCCGGUCCUCACCUCUUCCACCAUCUACUCCAGCGGGAGCACCCUCACUUCCGCCUUCACCUCACCCCUCCCGGCCUCCGCCACGCUGCACACAUCCACGACUCUCCCUCCCUCCUCGGCAACCUCGGCCAGCACGCCGGCCGCCACCUCCAUCUUCACCACUCCCCGCAGCACGGCGACUCCCUUCGGCUCCAGCACCAUCCCCGCCACAUCGCUAGGCGCCUCCUCCCCGGCCUCCGGCAGUACCAGGGCCAGUACCACUCCGGCCGAGGCGGCCAGCCCACCUGCCCCGAGCACCAGUGGGCCGCCCCCGCACCCCACCACCACGGCGACUCCUCCCAGUGACGCCUCUAGCCAGCCUGUCGCCACGGAGGUGCCCUCUCCGCCGUCCGUCACAUCCUCCGCCACGCCCAGCAGCACACUCUAUGCUCCCGCGUCCACCACCUCCACUCCCGUGGCCACCAACAGCCCGACCUCGUCCACGGGGGUCGCCACUCCCAGGGACACCGCAGCCCCGGCCACCUCCCUCACGGCCACUCUGGCCUCUGCCGCCGCGGCACACACCACCGGGGCGGCUAGCACCCUCCGGGUGACCACACCCACGCCCACAGCACCGCCCAGCGCUCCGGUCCUCACCUCUUCCAACAUCUACUCCAGCGGGAGCACCCUCACUUCCGCCUUCACCUCACCCCUCCCGGCCUCCGCCACGCUGCACACAUCCACGACUCUCCCUCCCUCCUCGGCAACCUCGGCCAGCACGCCGGCCGCCACCUCCAUCUUCACCACUCCCCGCAGCACGGCGACUCCCUUCGGCUCCAGCACCAUCCCCGCCACAUCGCUAGGCGCCUCCUCCCCGGCCUCCGGCAGUACCAGGGCCAGUACCACUCCGGGCGAGGCGGCCAGCCCACCUGCCCCGAGCACCAGUGGGCCGCCCCCGCACCCCACCACCACGGCGACUCCUCCCAGUGACGCCUCUAGCCAGCCUGUCGCCACGGAGGUGCCCUCUCCGCCGUCCGUCACAUCCUCCGCCACGCCCAGCAGCACACUCUAUGCUCCCGCGUCCACCACCUCCACUCCCGUGGCCACCAACAGCCCGACCUCGUCCACGGGGGUCGCCACUCCCAGGGACACCGCAGCCCCGGCCACCUCCCUCACGGCCACUCUGGCCUCUGCCGCCGCGGCACACACCACCGGGGCGGCUAGCACCCUCCGGGUGACCACACCCACGCCCACAGCACCGCCCAGCGCUCCGGUCCUCACCUCUUCCACCAUCUACUCCAGCGGGAGCACCCUCACUUCCGCCUUCACCUCACCCCUCCCGGCCUCCGCCACGCUGCACACAUCCACGACUCUCCCUCCCUCCUCGGCAACCUCGGCCAGCACGCCGGCCGCCACCUCCAUCUUCACCACUCCCCGCAGCACGGCGACUCCCUUCGGCUCCAGCACCAUCCCCGCCACAUCGCUAGGCGCCUCCUCCCCGGCCUCCGGCAGUACCAGGGCCAGUACCACUCCGGCCGAGGCGGCCAGCCCACCUGCCCCGAGCACCAGUGGGCCGCCCCCGCACCCCAACACCACGGCGACUCCUCCCAGUGACGCCUCUAGCCAGCCUGUCGCCACGGAGGUGCCCUCUCCGCCGUCCGUCACAUCCUCCGCCACGCCCAGCAGCACACUCUAUGCUCCCGCGUCCACCACCUCCACUCCCGUGGCCACCAACAGCCCGACCUCGUCCACGGGGGUCGCCACUCCCAGGGACACCGCAGCCCCGGCCACCUCCCUCACGGCCACUCUGGCCUCUGCCGCCGCGGCACACACCACCGGGGCGGCUAGCACCCUCCGGGUGACCACACCCACGCCCACAGCACCGCCCAGCGCUCCGGUCCUCACCUCUUCCACCAUCUACUCCAGCGGGAGCACCCUCACUUCCGCCUUCACCUCACCCCUCCCGGCCUCCGCCACGCUGCACACAUCCACGACUCUCCCUCCCUCCUCGGCAACCUCGGCCAGCACGCCGGCCGCCACCUCCAUCUUCACCACUCCCCGCAGCACGGCGACUCCCUUCGGCUCCAGCACCAUCCCCGCCACAUCGCUAGGCGCCUCCUCCCCGGCCUCCGGCAGUACCAGGGCCAGUACCACUCCGGCCGAGGCGGCCAGCCCACCUGCCCCGAGCACCAGUGGGCCGCCCCCGCACCCCAACACCACGGCGACUCCUCCCAGUGACGCCUCUAGCCAGCCUGUCGCCACGGAGGUGCCCUCUCCGCCGUCCGUCACAUCCUCCGCCACGCCCAGCAGCACACUCUAUGCUCCCGCGUCCACCACCUCCACUCCCGUGGCCACCAACAGCCCGACCUCGUCCACGGGGGUCGCCACUCCCAGGGACACCGCAGCCCCGGCCACCUCCCUCACGGCCACUCUGGCCUCUGCCGCCGCGGCACACACCACCGGGGCGGCUAGCACCCUCCGGGUGACCACACCCACGCCCACAGCACCGCCCAGCGCUCCGGUCCUCACCUCUUCCACCAUCUACUCCAGCGGGAGCACCCUCACUUCCGCCUUCACCUCACCCCUCCCGGCCUCCGCCACGCUGCACACAUCCACGACUCUCCCUCCCUCCUCGGCAACCUCGGCCAGCACGCCGGCCGCCACCUCCAUCUUCACCACUCCCCGCAGCACGGCGACUCCCUUCGGCUCCAGCACCAUCCCCGCCACAUCGCUAGGCGCCUCCUCCCCGGCCUCCGGCAGUACCAGGGCCAGUACCACUCCGGGCGAGGCGGCCAGCCCACCUGCCCCGAGCACCAGUGGGCCGCCCCCGCACCCCACCACCACGGCGACUCCUCCCAGUGACGCCUCUAGCCAGCCUGUCGCCACGGAGGUGCCCUCUCCGCCGUCCGUCACAUCCUCCGCCACGCCCAGCAGCACACUCUAUGCUCCCGCGUCCACCACCUCCACUCCCGUGGCCACCAACAGCCCGACCUCGUCCACGGGGGUGCCUCGCUCCCCUCCACCUGCACCCAGCACAGAGCCCGCCUCCGCCUCCACCCCGAACACCAGCCCUCUGCCCACCGACAUGACCACACUCCCCACCACCCAUACCACGGCCGGCCCCUCGCCCCCCGCCAGCACGCCCACCGGGUCCAGCACGCAGGUCGCCACUCCCAGGGACACCGCAGCCCCGGCCACCUCCCUCACGGCCACUCUGGCCUCUGCCGCCGCGGCACACACCACCGGGGCGGCUAGCACCCUCCGGGUGACCACACCCACGCCCACAGCACCGCCCAGCGCUCCGGUCCUCACCUCUUCCACCAUCUACUCCAGCGGGAGCACCCUCACUUCCGCCUUCACCUCACCCCUCCCGGCCUCCGCCACGCUGCACACAUCCACGACUCUCCCUCCCUCCUCGGCAACCUCGGCCAGCACGCCGGCCGCCACCUCCAUCUUCACCACUCCCCGCAGCACGGCGACUCCCUUCGGCUCCAGCACCAUCCCCGCCACAUCGCUAGGCGCCUCCUCCCCGGCCUCCGGCAGUACCAGGGCCAGUACCACUCCGGCCGAGGCGGCCAGCCCACCUGCCCCGAGCACCAGUGGGCCGCCCCCGCACCCCACCACCACGGCGACUCCUCCCAGUGACGCCUCUAGCCAGCCUGUCGCCACGGAGGUGCCCUCUCCGCCGUCCGUCACAUCCUCCGCCACGCCCAGCAGCACACUCUAUGCUCCCGCGUCCACCACCUCCACUCCCGUGGCCACCAACAGCCCGACCUCGUCCACGGGGUCCGCCUCCACCCCGAACACCAGCCCUCUGCCCACCGACAUGACCACACUCCCCACCACCCACACCACGGCCGGCCCCUCGCCCCCCGCCAGCACGCCCACCGGGUCCAGCACGCAGGUCGCCACUCCCAGGGACACCGCAGCCCCGGCCACCUCCCUCACGGCCACUCUGGCCUCUGCCGCCGCGGCACACACCACCGGGGCGGCUAGCACCCUCCGGGUGACCACACCCACGCCCACAGCACCGCCCAGCGCUCCGGUCCUCACCUCUUCCACCAUCUACUCCAGCGGGAGCACCCUCACUUCCGCCUUCACCUCACCCCUCCCGGCCUCCGCCACGCUGCACACAUCCACGACUCUCCCUCCCUCCUCGGCAACCUCGGCCAGCACGCCGGCCGCCACCUCCAUCUUCACCACUCCCCGCAGCACGGCGACUCCCUUCGGCUCCAGCACCAUCCCCGCCACAUCGCUAGGCGCCUCCUCCCCGGCCUCCGGCAGUACCAGGGCCAGUACCACUCCGGGCGAGGCGGCCAGCCCACCUGCCCCGAGCACCAGUGGGCCGCCCCCGCACCCCACCACCACGGCGACUCCUCCCAGUGACGCCUCUAGCCAGCCUGUCGCCACGGAGGUGCCCUCUCCGCCGUCCGUCACAUCCUCCGCCACGCCCAGCAGCACACUCUAUGCUCCCGCGUCCACCACCUCCACUCCCGUGGCCACCAACAGCCCGACCUCGUCCACGGGGCCCGCCUCCGCCUCCACCCCGAACACCAGCCCUCUGCCCACCGACAUGACCACACUCCCCACCACCCAUACCACGGCCGGCCCCUCGCCCCCCGCCAGCACGCCCACCGGGUCCAGCACGCAGGUCGCCACUCCCAGGGACACCGCAGCCCCGGCCACCUCCCUCACGGCCACUCUGGCCUCUGCCGCCGCGGCACACACCACCGGGGCGGCUAGCACCCUCCGGGUGACCACACCCACGCCCACAGCACCGCCCAGCGCUCCGGUCCUCACCUCUUCCACCAUCUACUCCAGCGGGAGCACCCUCACUUCCGCCUUCACCUCACCCCUCCCGGCCUCCGCCACGCUGCACACAUCCACGACUCUCCCUCCCUCCUCGGUCAGGACGCGAGCCCCCAGCUCCACGCCCGCCACGACCGAGGCCACAUCCACCGGGCCCGCGGCUCCAUCCACCACCGCCACCUCCGCCGUGGACCUCGGCUCCACACGCGCAACCUCGGCCAGCACGCCGGCCGCCACCUCCAUCUUCACCACUCCCCGCAGCACGGCGACUCCCUUCGGCUCCAGCACCAUCCCCGCCACAUCGCUAGGCGCCUCCUCCCCGGCCUCCGGCAGUACCAGGGCCAGUACCACUCCGGCCGAGGCGGCCAGCCCACCUGCCCCGAGCACCAGUGGGCCGCCCCCGCACCCCACCACCACGGCGACUCCUCCCAGUGACGCCUCUAGCCAGCCUGUCGCCACGGAGGUGCCCUCUCCGCCGUCCGUCACAUCCUCCGCCACGCCCAGCAGCACACUCUAUGCUCCCGCGUCCACCACCUCCACUCCCGUGGCCACCAACAGCCCGACCUCGUCCACGGGGGCCUCCACCCCGAACACCAGCCCUCUGCCCACCGACAUGACCACACUCCCAACCACCCACACCACGGCCGGCCCCUCGCCCCCCGCCAGCACGCCCACCGGGUCCAGCACGCAGGUCGCCACUCCCAGGGACACCGCAGCCCCGGCCACCUCCCUCACGGCCACUCUGGCCUCUGCCGCCGCGGCACACACCACCGGGGCGGCUAGCACCCUCCGGGUGACCACACCCACGCCCACAGCACCGCCCAGCGCUCCGGUCCUCACCUCUUCCACCAUCUACUCCAGCGGGAGCACCCUCACUUCCGCCUUCACCUCACCCCUCCCGGCCUCCGCCACGCUGCACACAUCCACGACUCUCCCUCCCUCCUCGGCAACCUCGGCCAGCACGCCGGCCGCCACCUCCAUCUUCACCACUCCCCGCAGCACGGCGACUCCCUUCGGCUCCAGCACCAUCCCCGCCACAUCGCUAGGCGCCUCCUCCCCGGCCUCCGGCAGUACCAGGGCCAGUACCACUCCGGCCGAGGCGGCCAGCCCACCUGCCCCGAGCACCAGUGGGCCGCCCCCGCACCCCACCACCACGGCGACUCCUCCCAGUGACGCCUCUAGCCAGCCUGUCGCCACGGAGGUGCCCUCUCCGCCGUCCGUCACAUCCUCCGCCACGCCCAGCAGCACACUCUAUGCUCCCGCGUCCACCACCUCCACUCCCGUGGCCACCAACAGCCCGACCUCGUCCACGGGGCCCGCCUCCGCCUCCACCCCGAACACCAGCCCUCUGCCCACCGACAUGACCACACUCCCCACCACCCAUACCACGGCCGGCCCCUCGCCCCCCGCCAGCACGCCCACCGGGUCCAGCACGCAGGUCGCCACUCCCAGGGACACCGCAGCCCCGGCCACCUCCCUCACGGCCACUCUGGCCUCUGCCGCCGCGGCACACACCACCGGGGCGGCUAGCACCCUCCGGGUGACCACACCCACGCCCACAGCACCGCCCAGUGCUCCGGUCCUCACCUCUUCCACCAUCUACUCCAGCGGGAGCACCCUCACUUCCGCCUUCACCUCACCCCUCCCGGCCUCCGCCACGCUGCACACAUCCACGACUCUCCCUCCCUCCUCGGCAACCUCGGCCAGCACGCCGGCCGCCACCUCCAUCUUCACCACUCCCCGCAGCACGGCGACUCCCUUCGGCUCCAGCACCAUCCCCGCCACAUCGCUAGGCGCCUCCUCCCCGGCCUCCGGCAGUACCAGGGCCAGUACCACUCCGGCCGAGGCGGCCAGCCCACCUGCCCCGAGCACCAGUGGGCCGCCCCCGCACCCCACCACCACGGCGACUCCUCCCAGUGACGCCUCUAGCCAGCCUGUCGCCACGGAGGUGCCCUCUCCGCCGUCCGUCACAUCCUCCGCCACGCCCAGCAGCACACUCUAUGCUCCCGCGUCCACCACCUCCACUCCCGUGGCCACCAACAGCCCGACCUCGUCCACGGGGUCCACCCCGAACACCAGCCCUCUGCCCACCGACAUGACCACACUCCCCACCACCCACACCACGGCCGGCCCCUCGCCCCCCGCCAGCACGCCCACCGGGUCCAGCACGCAGGUCGCCACUCCCAGGGACACCGCAGCCCCGGCCACCUCCCUCACGGCCACUCUGGCCUCUGCCGCCGCGGCACACACCACCGGGGCGGCUAGCACCCUCCGGGUGACCACACCCACGCCCACAGCACCGCCCAGCGCUCCGGUCCUCACCUCUUCCACCAUCUACUCCAGCGGGAGCACCCUCACUUCCGCCUUCACCUCACCCCUCCCGGCCUCCGCCACGCUGCACACAUCCACGACUCUCCCUCCCUCCUCGGCAACCUCGGCCAGCACGCCGGCCGCCACCUCCAUCUUCACCACUCCCCGCAGCACGGCGACUCCCUUCGGCUCCAGCACCAUCCCCGCCACAUCGCUAGGCGCCUCCUCCCCGGCCUCCGGCAGUACCAGGGCCAGUACCACUCCGGCCGAGGCGGCCAGCCCACCUGCCCCGAGCACCAGUGGGCCGCCCCCGCACCCCACCACCACGGCGACUCCUCCCAGUGACGCCUCUAGCCAGCCUGUCGCCACGGAGGUGCCCUCUCCGCCGUCCGUCACAUCCUCCGCCACGCCCAGCAGCACACUCUAUGCUCCCGCGUCCACCACCUCCACUCCCGUGGCCACCAACAGCCCGACCUCGUCCACGGGGUCCGCCUCCACCCCGAACACCAGCCCUCUGCCCACCGACAUGACCACACUCCCCACCACCCACACCACGGCCGGCCCCUCGCCCCCCGCCAGCACGCCCACCGGGUCCAGCACGCAGGUCGCCACUCCCAGGGACACCGCAGCCCCGGCCACCUCCCUCACGGCCACUCUGGCCUCUGCCGCCGCGGCACACACCACCGGGGCGGCUAGCACCCUCCGGGUGACCACACCCACGCCCACAGCACCGCCCAGCGCUCCGGUCCUCACCUCUUCCACCAUCUACUCCAGCGGGAGCACCCUCACUUCCGCCUUCACCUCACCCCUCCCGGCCUCCGCCACGCUGCACACAUCCACGACUCUCCCUCCCUCCUCGGCAACCUCGGCCAGCACGCCGGCCGCCACCUCCAUCUUCACCACUCCCCGCAGCACGGCGACUCCCUUCGGCUCCAGCACCAUCCCCGCCACAUCGCUAGGCGCCUCCUCCCCGGCCUCCGGCAGUACCAGGGCCAGUACCACUCCGGCCGAGGCGGCCAGCCCACCUGCCCCGAGCACCAGUGGGCCGCCCCCGCACCCCACCACCACGGCGACUCCUCCCAGUGACGCCUCUAGCCAGCCUGUCGCCACGGAGGUGCCCUCUCCGCCGUCCGUCACAUCCUCCGCCACGCCCAGCAGCACACUCUAUGCUCCCGCGUCCACCACCUCCACUCCCGUGGCCACCAACAGCCCGACCUCGUCCACGGGGCCCGCCUCCGCCUCCACCCCGAACACCAGCCCUCUGCCCACCGACAUGGCAACCUCGGCCAGCACGCCGGCCGCCACCUCCAUCUUCACCACUCCCCGCAGCACGGCGACUCCCUUCGGCUCCAGCACCAUCCCCGCCACAUCGCUAGGCGCCUCCUCCCCGGCCUCCGGCAGUACCAGGGCCAGUACCACUCCGGCCGAGGCGGCCAGCCCACCUGCCCCGAGCACCAGUGGGCCGCCCCCGCACCCCACCACCACGGCGACUCCUCCCAGUGACGCCUCUAGCCAGCCUGUCGCCACGGAGGUGCCCUCUCCGCCGUCCGUCACAUCCUCCGCCAUGCCCAGCAGCACACUCUAUGCUCCCGCGUCCACCACCUCCACUCCCGUGGCCACCAACAGCCCGACCUCGUCCACGGGGUCCGCCUCCACCCCGAACACCAGCCCUCUGCCCACCGACAUGACCACACUCCCCACCACCCACACCACGGCCGGCCCCUCGCCCCCCGCCAGCACGCCCACCGGGUCCAGCACGCAGGUCGCCACUCCCAGGGACACCGCAGCCCCGGCCACCUCCCUCACGGCCACUCUGGCCUCUGCCGCCGCGGCACACACCACCGGGGCGGCUAGCACCCUCCGGGUGACCACACCCACGCCCACAGCACCGCCCAGCGCUCCGGUCCUCACCUCUUCCACCAUCUACUCCAGCGGGAGCACCCUCACUUCCGCCUUCACCUCACCCCUCCCGGCCUCCGCCACGCUGCACACAUCCACGACUCUCCCUCCCUCCUCGGCAACCUCGGCCAGCACGCCGGCCGCCACCUCCAUCUUCACCACUCCCCGCAGCACGGCGACUCCCUUCGGCUCCAGCACCAUCCCCGCCACAUCGCUAGGCGCCUCCUCCCCGGCCUCCGGCAGUACCAGGGCCAGUACCACUCCGGCCGAGGCGGCCAGCCCACCUGCCCCGAGCACCAGUGGGCCGCCCCCGCACCCCACCACCACGGCGACUCCUCCCAGUGACGCCUCUAGCCAGCCUGUCGCCACGGAGGUGCCCUCUCCGCCGUCCGUCACAUCCUCCGCCACGCCCAGCAGCACACUCUAUGCUCCCGCGUCCACCACCUCCACUCCCGUGGCCACCAACAGCCCGACCUCGUCCACGGGGCCCGCCUCCGCCUCCACCCCGAACACCAGCCCUCUGCCCACCGACAUGACCACACUCCCCACCACCCACACCACGGCCGGCCCCUCGCCCCCCGCCAGCACGCCCACCGGGUCCAGCACGCAGGUCGCCACUCCCAGGGACACCGCAGCCCCGGCCACCUCCCUCACGGCCACUCUGGCCUCUGCCGCCGCGGCACACACCACCGGGGCGGCUAGCACCCUCCGGGUGACCACACCCACGCCCACAGCACCGCCCAGCGCUCCGGUCCUCACCUCUUCCACCAUCUACUCCAGCGGGAGCACCCUCACUUCCGCCUUCACCUCACCCCUCCCGGCCUCCGCCACGCUGCACACAUCCACGACUCUCCCUCCCUCCUCGGCAACCUCGGCCAGCACGCCGGCCGCCACCUCCAUCUUCACCACUCCCCGCAGCACGGCGACUCCCUUCGGCUCCAGCACCAUCCCCGCCACAUCGCUAGGCGCCUCCUCCCCGGCCUCCGGCAGUACCAGGGCCAGUACCACUCCGGCCGAGGCGGCCAGCCCACCUGCCCCGAGCACCAGUGGGCCGCCCCCGCACCCCACCACCACGGCGACUCCUCCCAGUGACGCCUCUAGCCAGCCUGUCGCCACGGAGGUGCCCUCUCCGCCGUCCGUCACAUCCUCCGCCACGCCCAGCAGCACACUCUAUGCUCCCGCGUCCACCACCUCCACUCCCGUGGCCACCAACAGCCCGACCUCGUCCACGGGGGCCUCCACCCCGAACACCAGCCCUCUGCCCACCGACAUGACCACACUCCCCACCACCCACACCACGGCCGGCCCCUCGCCCCCCGCCAGCACGCCCACCGGGUCCAGCACGCAGGUCGCCACUCCCAGGGACACCGCAGCCCCGGCCACCUCCCUCACGGCCACUCUGGCCUCUGCCGCCGCGGCACACACCACCGGGGCGGCUAGCACCCUCCGGGUGACCACACCCACGCCCACAGCACCGCCCAGCGCUCCGGUCCUCACCUCUUCCACCAUCUACUCCAGCGGGAGCACCCUCACUUCCGCCUUCACCUCACCCCUCCCGGCCUCCGCCACGCUGCACACAUCCACGACUCUCCCUCCCUCCUCGGCAACCUCGGCCAGCACGCCGGCCGCCACCUCCAUCUUCACCACUCCCCGCAGCACGGCGACUCCCUUCGGCUCCAGCACCAUCCCCGCCACAUCGCUAGGCGCCUCCUCCCCGGCCUCCGGCAGUACCAGGGCCAGUACCACUCCGGCCGAGGCGGCCAGCCCACCUGCCCCGAGCACCAGUGGGCCGCCCCCGCACCCCACCACCACGGCGACUCCUCCCAGUGACGCCUCUAGCCAGCCUGUCGCCACGGAGGUGCCCUCUCCGCCGUCCGUCACAUCCUCCGCCACGCCCAGCAGCACACUCUAUGCUCCCGCGUCCACCACCUCCACUCCCGUGGCCACCAACAGCCCGACCUCGUCCACGGGGCCCGCCUCCGCCUCCACCCCGAACACCAGCCCUCUGCCCACCGACAUGACCACACUCCCCACCACCCACACCACGGCCGGCCCCUCGCCCCCCGCCAGCACGCCCACCGGGUCCAGCACGCAGGUCGCCACUCCCAGGGACACCGCAGCCCCGGCCACCUCCCUCACGGCCACUCUGGCCUCUGCCGCCGCGGCACACACCACCGGGGCGGCUAGCACCCUCCGGGUGACCACACCCACGCCCACAGCACCGCCCAGCGCUCCGGUCCUCACCUCUUCCACCAUCUACUCCAGCGGGAGCACCCUCACUUCCGCCUUCACCUCACCCCUCCCGGCCUCCGCCACGCUGCACACAUCCACGACUCUCCCUCCCUCCUCGCACGGCGACUCCCUUCGGCUCCAGCACCAUCCCCGCCACAUCGCUAGGCGCCUCCUCCCCGGCCUCCGGCAGUACCAGGGCCAGUACCACUCCGGCCGAGGCGGCCAGCCCACCUGCCCCGAGCACCAGUGGGCCGCCCCCGCACCCCACCACCACGGCGACUCCUCCCAGUGA